GAAUCAAGUUUUGACAGAAAUAUUCACAGGGUAUCGGUGUCAGUCGUUGGGAUUUAUCGAUGGCGGCAAGGAUGAUAUUCUGAGGAUGAAGUGCUCCGUAUAUCUCCUUGUUAUUGGUACUUUUUCCGGGUUUCUUCUUCUUCCUUCCUCUGUUGUUAGUGGCAACCCAUCUGGAGAGGAUGAUAAUGAAGCUGAUUUACCAGGAGAUACUGUUGAUAGUAUAGCCAAGAAAGCUGCCGCAGCAGCCCAAGAGCCUACAACAGAAUCUUGUGAUGAGGGUUUUGCAUUAACAAAUGGAGAAUGUGAAGAUGUUGACGAGUGCAGGAUACCCAAUGCAUGCCCCAUGGACAUCGGUUGCACAAACACAGUCGGUAGCUACCGUUGUGAGUUCAAUGGUGGAAGAUACUUUGAUGGUCCUGCAACAACAAAACAACCGCAACUAGAAGUGAAUGCUGCCGGGCAAGUGGACAGACGGGCUGAUGGAGGUGACGGUGGAGAUGGUGGCGGAGGUGGCGGAGGUGGUGGUGGUGGCGGAGGAGGAGGUUCAAACAUCGCCCCAGCACCUGUUGAUAACAGACCUCGUAUCUCAAGUGGAGAGAUUGUCCUUACUAACUGGCAAUUUAUAGUUAUUAUUGCUAGUUGUGUGGUGGUUGGAGUUUCUGGUAUAGCUAUUGCCGUGCUGUGUUGGUACAAAUUGCACACGACUGCAAAAGCAGCGAGUGACACAGAAUAUCCCGCCUAUGGGGUUACUGGACCAACGACACAGAGAUCCUCCAUGACUAAUGGAGACAGAAAGUUGGCUCAGAGUGCUCAGAUGUAUCAUUACCAACAUCAAAAGCAACAGAUGAUAGCUCUUGAAAAUCGAGAGAGAGGAGAAACACAGAAUGAUGCGUCUGACUACGACUCGGAUGAUAACGAGGAUGAACCCACCGUCUACGAGUGCCCUGGCCUCGCCCCGACUGGUGAAAUGGAAGUCAAAAAUCCGCUGUUCCAGGGGAUGGAGGAGCGAAUGCAGGAAGAGCAGAAGCAUGAUGCGAACUAAAAAAACAUUCAAUUGUAUUUAUUGUAAUGGACUCUGCAGAAAAUAAUUACACAAUGUGCAGAUCACAUGAACAAACUGGCUCAAUGGCAAGCUGUACGCCUAAAUUUACAUCAAGAAAAUCACCCUCAAAACCUAGUAGUUGUGUGUAGCACAGGCGAAAGUAAAAUAUUGUGCAUCGCAGUGAUCACUUUUUAAAAACAUGAAAAAAAAAAGCUGGCUAAAUUUUUACCAUGUUUGAUCAUCCUUUUUAAAAGUUUAUUUUUAUAUAAUUUAUUAAAAAUAAACUUUUACAAACUUCCCACAAAACACAAAAUCAUGACUUAUCUCAAUCUGUUGAAGAGCCAUUGACUCUAUUGAAGAGCACCCCAUUGUUCGGUUUUUUGUUUGUUACUGUACAAUGUGUCUACUAUUGUUGCAAAAAGCAUAGUGACAGAUUUUGAUUAAAGAAAGCUGGGGAUUGUAUUAAUUGUAGUAGUUUUGGGCUGUGCUCCUUAGUAGACUUAAGAGAACUUUAGUAGAGAUAUCCUUCUUAUAUUCCUUUAUCUUUUUAAUAUUCAAUUGCUUUAUUCAAUCUCUCCACUUUUCCUAAUACUUUUCGUGGGACAUGCAGUGGCAUAUCUAAGGGUAUUGAAAUUGGGGGUGGGGGUGGCUUAAAUGGAGGGUGCAAAGUUUGAGUGGGAGUGCUUAAUGAUAAAGUGAGGGGAGUUGCUAGCAAAAUAAGGUGGUAUGAGGUGUUAUUUUUAUUGAACUACUUAAUCAUAAGUUUUUUUUUUGUUUUUUAGGGCAUGAGCCUUUAUGCAUCCCUUUAGAUACGUUACUGAAGACAUUUUGCAGAAUUCUAUAUACAUUUAAGCUUGCUUAAAGAGAGAAAAAAUGUGUCAUUGUUAUCCAACAUUUUACCAGUGUACUUAAUUGAUUUUAUUUAUUAAUUAUUCAAACUCUGCAAAUGGAUCAUGGUAAUUGUAAUUCAUUCUGUGGACUAACUUUAAACGAAUCACAAUAAAAACUCAGAUGACAUUUUUCAAAAGUAAUGAAAAAACAAUAACAGCAAAAUUAUUGAUAGAAUAUACAAUUCUAUA